AGGGGAUGGAGCUGGGAUGAGCAAUAAAAAGCGGGGACGGUUCGAGGGAAGCAGGAGAAGCGGAGAGGGAGAGCGCGGAGUGGUUCUGCAUUGUAUGGAUUCCAUAUUGGACCAAGGAGGGGCUCGCUGAGGGAGGGGCUCCGGAGGCAGACAGCGAGGGAGAGGAGGCAGGAGGAAGAUGGGUGUGUGACGUGCCGAGGAGCCGCUGAGCCUGAGUGACGGCGCGUCGGGCUUUGGAGAGGUGACUGGCCUCGGCGCCUCCCCUGCGCUGCUGCCAUGCUGGGCCGCGACGCCUGACGCGCUCCGAGGAAAGAGGUGCUCCAGGAGUCAGAGGCAGGGUCGUGAUGGACGUCUCCGCAAAUCCACGCAGGCACCUGCUGGCUUCUCCUCGUUCCCUCCUCGCUGCGCCCCCUGAACGGAUGCUGCCGUCCACACACCCACGAUCACCCACGGUCUCCGCUCGGCUGCGUUAGGAUUCAGGUGUGCCGUGAGAGACGUCCACCUGUCCACCGAACAGCUGCUCUCAUCCCCCCUGGUGACGUAUAGGCUGCAGGCCAUUUGUUGUUUUCUGCCUUUUUGCUGCGAGCGAAGAGGACGGGCGGCUCAGUGACGGGAUGCAGCGCAUGAACUGCCAUCAGAAGGGCUUCGUGGUGAUGGAGACGCGUGCCUGAGCCGCGGCGGUGCGCAUCUGCAGCCACAGAAACAAAAGGCAGAGUUUCCUGCAGCCAUUGGAGAAGGAUGAAGUGAAAUCAGGAAACUUUGAAGCUGCAAUUCGGGGGAUGGAUGAAACCAAAUGUCCAUCUGCUGUCAAGUCUUCCAAGGAGAAACUUCCUCUUCCGUCGCACCUCAACGCGCAGCUGGCAAACGUGCCGUCGCUCCUCUGGUCACCUUCGUUCACUGACUGGGAAUCCACUGAAGCCUGACCACAUGAGUGGAGGAGGCGCCCUGCAGCAGCGCACCACCUACCUCAUCUCCCUCACCUUGGUGAAGGUAGAGGCUGUGGAGGAGAAUGGAGGGGAGGCCAAGAGAAGCAUCCAGGAGAAGGAGGCGGAGCCCGGCCAAGAGACAAGUCCGGGGGAAGAGGUCCAGACCGGAGCUGGAGCUCCUGCACGGGCGGAAAAUGGAGCUGGGGUGGCGGCAGUGGGAGAACCGCGAAGAGGCGCGGAGGCCAAGGAUGGCGAGAGGAAACCUCUCAGUCCCCGGAGGGAUGCUCCAGAGAAGCCGCCCCGCAACCUCUCCAUCCCCUUCCCCGCUGAGAGGGCCACGAUCCAGCAGACCAAGUCCGUAGACGCAGCGGAGUCGCUCCAAUGCCGGCCCCUGAUCACCACACCGCCGACGGAGCUGGUGGCCCCCAGCUGCACCCCGACCAGGACGAGCCUCCCCAUGCGUCCGGCAGGCCAGCGGCCCGUGAGUCUGCUCAAGUCCCACAGCGGCGUGGCCACGCGUGGCCGCGACUCCAGGGAUGGUCGGGAGCGCAGCCCCACCUCCGCCCAGAGCCUCGACCGCAAGGAUUGCCGCGUCACGACGCGCUCGCCGGGCCCCUGCCGGGCUUCGUGGGCCGAGGCCAGCCGGCCCGAGGCCUGGAGGGAGCUGCGGGACGAGGCUGGGAUGUCCCUGGACGUCGGAGGCGGCGGGACGGCGGUGCUGAGAGACGUCCCCAGGAAGGACCGGCUGAAGACGGGGUCGGCCUCCCUGCCCGCCCCCGCCAACCAGGUGCCCAAACCGACGCGCAAAGGUAAAAGCCGCACGCUGGACAACAGCGACCUGAACAGCCUGUCCGAGGACCUGGGGCUGGCCAGGGAGGCGCAGCAGGGCCAGCGCGGCUCCGCCAAGGACCGGAAGAUGCUCAAGUUCAUCAGCGGCAUCUUCACCAAGAGCAGCGCGGGGGGCGCGUCCGCGGCGCCUCCGGUUUACAUACAGAGAGACUCCAGUGAGGAGGAAGUAAAUAUCGCCAACAGCCAGGAGUGGAUGCUGAGCCGAUCCAUCCCGGAGCUGAGACUGGGCAUUCUAGGCAGCCUGAAAAGUGGAAAGUCGGCGCUGGUGAACAAAUACAUCACAGGCAGUUAUGCUGCAGUUGAGAAGCCUGAUGGUGGGAGAUAUAAAAAGGAAGUGCUGGUGGAUGGCCAGAGUCAUCUGUUACUGAUCCGGGAGGAAAGUGGGGCGCCUGACGCACAGUUCUGCGGUUGGGUCGAUGCCGUGAUCAUGGUCUUCAGUCUGGAGAACGAAGCCAGUUUUCAGGACCUUUACCAGCUCUACAGCCAGCUCAGUGCACACCGCUCUGACAUCCCGGUCAUUGUCGUCGGCACCCAAGACAAAAUAAGCAGCACCAACCCCCGUGUGAUCGAGGACCAGAGAGCCAGGCAGCUGUGCAUCGAUGUGAAACACUCGCUGUUCUAUGAGACCUGCGCCACCUACGGGUUCAACGUGGACCGAGUCUUUUCCGAAGCUGCCCAGAAGAUUGUAGCGCAGAAGAAACAGGCAGCGCUGCUGGCCUGUAAAUCUCUGCCCAACUCACCGAGUCACUCUGGAGGCUCCACACCUGGAUCAGCGUCGCUGCCUGGACAGGCCAGUAAUGGCCCCAGCAGCAGCUACGCCUGCUCCCUCCCCUCCACCCCCGUGGUUGGUCACAGAGACCUGAGGGCGGCUCAGGGGGAGGGCAGCAGCAGCAGCUCGCGCCUGAAGAGCAUCCCCAGGCGACCCUCCCUGUUUAAGAACCGGGACCCGGACAAGAAGGCAGGCGAUCCGAAGGGAGACCAGAGCGGCGUGCGAGGCCUCCCCCUCAAACAGGGCAUCCUGUUCAAGAGAAGCGGCAACUCUCUGAAUAAGGAGUGGAAGAAGAAAUACGUCACGCUGUCCAACAACGGCACGCUGUCCUACCACUCCAGCUCCAGUGACUACACACAGAAUAUCCAUGGAAAGGAGAUCGACCUGCUCCGCGUGACGGUUAAGGUCCCUGGGAAACGUCCGCCGAGAGCCGUCGCACCUGCGGGGCCCUCACCUGUACCUCCGGCUGCUUUACCUGGAGUCAACGGGCUCAGCAAGGAGCCGGCGGCAGCUGAUGGGGCCAGCACAGUUCCCCAGUUGUGUCCCUCCACUCUGUCCGUCGCCGACGACCGGCCCGGUGCGUUGUCUCCUCAAGGGGGCGAGAGAGGUCUUCAGCGCUGCCCUUCCACACUAUCCGCUAAAGCACAAAGCGUUGAUGGCCUUGAAGGGACCGCCGGAAAGGAUCCGGGCCAAGCGUCUCCCAUGAGUGACAGGAAGAAGAACCGGAGGAAGAAGAGCAUGAAUCAGAAAGGGGAUGCAGCUGUUGGUCAAGCUGAGGCCAAACGCAAAAUGUGGAAAUUAAAGAGCUUUGGUAGCUUGAGAAACAUUAAUAAGACAGAUGAAGAGAAUGCAGACUUCAUCAUCGUUUCCUUCACCGGCCAAACGUGGCACUUUGAGGCUCAGAGCCUGGAGGAGAGGGACUUGUGGGUGACGGCCAUAGAGAGCCAGAUCCUGGCAAGCCUGCAGUCCUGUGAGAGCGGCAGGAAUAAGGCACGGAGGAGCAGUCAGAGCGAGGCAGUGGCGCUGCAGGCCAUCCGAAACACCAAAGGCAACAAUCUGUGUGUGGACUGCGAAGCGUCGAAUCCCACCUGGGCCAGUCUAAACUUGGGGGCCCUCAUCUGCAUCGAGUGCUCGGGGAUCCACCGGAACCUGGGCACUCAUCUGUCUCGCGUUCGCUCUCUGGACCUGGACGACUGGCCGGGGGAGCUCACGCAGGUUCUGGCCGCCAUCGGAAACCACAUGGCCAACAGCGUGUGGGAGAGCUGCACCCAGGGCCGGACCAAACCCACGCCGAAUGCAACACGGGAGGAAAGAGAGUCGUGGAUCCGAGCUAAGUAUGAGCAGCGUGCCUUCGUGGCUCCUCUGCAGCCCAACUCAGAGGACAGCAUGCCGGCAUCGCUUCUGUCCGCGGUGACCGACAGGGAUCUGCCCCGGCUGCUGCUUCUUCUGGCCCACAGCACCAAGGAGCAGGUCAACGCCCAGCUGGCCGCCACGCCGUCGCCCCCCCGCACCGCGCUGCACGCCGCCUGCCAGCUGGGAGACGUGGUCAUGACACAGCUGCUGGUCUGGUACGGAAUCGACGUGAAGGCGAAGGACAGCCAAGGCCAGACGCCCAUGAUGAUCGCCAGAAAAACAGGGAGCAAAGGCUGCAUGGAUAUUUUGCUCCAACACGGGUGUUCCAAUGAAACGUCCCCCACCACCGCCGCCGCCGCCACCCCGGUCCUCUCCCGCCGCUCCAGCACUGCCAGCCUGGGCCGAACCAGCUCCAGGAAGUGGGUGUCAUAGCCCGGACAGAUGACGGUGGCCGUCUGCCUGGAGGAUGCCUACAGUUUAGAGAUCUGUUGAAAAGGCUGCAGCGCCGCAACAUGACGGGACUAGAUAACAUAAUGCAAAGGAUUUAAAUAAUAAACUGUUACUGAAGACUGAACAACAUAUCAAACAACACGAAAGCAAUAUUCAUCCAGUGAGUCGAUCACUACCAUAUUGCUGAAAUGCUGUCCUGUAGCCGUGUAGCGGUCUUCUGCCACCCUUAGCACAGCCCAUCUGUCUGCUUCUGUUUCACUUCCUCCUGAUGAAGUGCAAUAAUCCAGCUGUGGCGAUGAAGAGCGACAGCUUUAGCCGUGAACUGUGUCGGCCGACAGUUCGCCCGUCAUCCGAUGAUUUUCUUCCGAUUUUUUUCUUGUGACUGGACCAAUUUUUUAUUUUAUUUUUGUUUUCCAACCCCUUUGGCUUUAAAAAUGAAACCUGAACCGUCAACGUGUCUCAAUCUCAGCCGGUUCAGUGGAAACAAACGGUUUCAGCAGAGAGAAUACAGCUUGAGCUACAAGAAGGAAGUGUUUGUUCCGACCAGAGAUGUUUAAAGAAAGAAGCCCCCGAAACGACUCAGCUUUGUAAAAAAAAAAAGAAAAAAAAAAAAGAAAAGACAAAAAAAGUUUGUUAAAAAUACGUCGGGUUUGUUUUUCAUCGUCUUUUAUAAUUUCUUAUUGCCGUACAUUCCAUGAAGCAGCGAGCAGAUGUGAACAUGCAGUAUGUAACCACGUGUUGAGACGUUUUCAUUGGGGAUCGCAGAGAGACUACACGGAGAUGCUAUUCACAUUUAUAUUACUGUUGUGUAUUGAUCCCAUGAUUUAAAAGUCACGUAUGAAGCAGUUGGGACACCUUGUGGAUCAUGUGAAUUCCUCAUGACUUAAAAUGAAAAUAAAUUUUUUUUAUUAGCAAUAAUAGGAU